UGGAUUUAGCGUUAAUUUAUUUGAUUACGAAGAAAUGUACAUAAAAUACUGUUCAAACAACCACGCAAUAUCCCCUGAUCAAUAUGAUUCGUUUCGUCAGCAUCCGGUCCAGAUAUUGAAUUUACAAAACAGUAAGCCGUAGCUCAGUUUCCUCUCGUCCUCCACGGUGUUCGGGUCGGAGUAGAAUGUACCCUCACGGCAUACAGCAAUCAGAUUGGAACGACCGGCUCGGCAGUACACAAAAUGGGAACAGCAGUGUCUACUUUCGACCGCAGGACACGGACGGCGGCAGUAGCAGCUCUGCCAGCAACGAUACCGAGUACACAUCCUUGCUGGAUGAGUCGCACGUGAAAAGUGCUCGGCCGUACGAAAACAUCACGCCAACCCGCGACCGGCACCAGAGAGGGUCUAGGAAAAACAAAAUAUUCUUGUCCAUUGUCUUGUUUGGUGGAAUCUGGCUGCUGGCGCUAGCAACAAAGCUUCCUUAUGGAAAUAGUCACGGCCGAGUGGGCCAAAUCGCUGGCUGGGGCGUGAACACGUCGCGUCAGACGAUCGAUUAUGUGCUGCCCUCCGAAAACACCACCCUGAUCGAUCCGUUGAACGUAUGUACCACGGAAGAGCGGGCCGGACUGGCCGAUGAGAGCGAGAAGGUGUUCCUGCUGAUCGUCGUUUGUUCAUCGGCCGUAAAUUUUGAGGCCCGCCAGACGAUCCGCGAAACUUGGGGCAAUGUUCGAGAGUUUAACUACGAUCAAUUCCGUCUCCUGCAUGCUCGGCAGCAGGGCAAGUAUCUCGAUCCGGUCGCCACCGUCCGGGACAAGCUGAAGGAUUACAUCUGGUGGCCGGUUUCGGUCAGUGAGCGACCGCUUGCGACACCGGUAGUCGGUUCAACCGAAGAAUCUUCGAGCAAUACGGAAAGCAUUAACCGCUCCAAGCCGAACUCUAGUCACAGUGCAAAACCGGACCGGAGUGGCCUUGCGUAUGCUAAUUUAAACAUCAAAAUAGUAUUCCUUGUCGGUCAGUCCGAGUCGGAUUAUAUGCACCAGCGGCAACAGCAGACCCCACCGUCAUCCGAUGAACAGCAGCACCAGGUGCCACAAACGUUUACCGGUGGUCUCGUGGGCUCGGAACCACUGUUCCCGAGCGGUGCGGAUGUAGAUCCUGCGUUUAAUGCUGCUCCGGGAGCCACUACGGUCGAUGAGCUGCAGCUGCGUAUCGUGAACGAGAGCGAAGUGUACGGUGAUAUUAUACAGGAGAGCUUUAUAGAUAGAUACAACAAUUUGACACUGAAGACGAUCAUGAUGCUGAAAUGGGUUACCACCAACUGUGAUGGCAAAGUAAAAUUUCUCAUGAAAUGUGAUGAUGACACGUUCGUCAACGUACCGAACUUGCUGCAGGUUUUGCUCGGCGGAACGGUUCCCCUAUACAAAGCCGCGGUAUCAUUCUACGACAACAAUACGGUCCUGGUGAAGUCACCCAAAAACCGGCUCGUCGAGGGCAAACACCUCCUGACGGGAUUUAAGUUUUGCGAUGCAAAACCCAUAAGUGACACCAGCAGCAAAUGGUACUCACCGACAUACAUGUACGACAAGGACGUCUACCCUCAUUAUCUUUCUGGAACCGCGUAUGUGAUGAACUUCGAGACGGCCAAGGUGCUGUACCGGACCAGCUUAACUACGCCAAUCUUUCACCUGGAGGAUGUCUAUCUAACCGGGAUCGUGGCGGAGCGAGUGAAAAUUCGGCGCCGCCACCAUCCACUGUUCUUCUACGCGUAUACCAGAGACAUGUGCGCUCUGCGUGGAAUGAUCUCCCAGCAUCAGCUGCCGCCGAGUGAACUGCGGAACGCGUUCGAUUACGUCACCAACAGCACCAUUGUGUGCACCGGCAUCGACAAGCAGUUCACCGUCGGUGGAAAGCUAAAGUUGCAGCAAAGCAGAAGGUGUCAAUGAUGCCAGAAGAAAAAGCGAGCCGCACCCGGCCGACCAAAACGACGCUAUCGACAUUUCUUCGCAAUCUGGUGAACGGUGAUGCUACUUCAAAAUGAACCACACCCAUAUAACCAUCGUCACGGAUUGCUGCGGGCGGAGAUGCUCUUUCUCGAAUCUCAAAUCGUAGUAAGCAUGACAAAAAGAAAUGAAAAAUACACAAAAACGGAGUAAAUUACUCUUUGUUCCACCGAUAAACAGAAUGGCGAUCGAAAACAACCGAAAAAGAAUAGACUUAGAAAGCUACGAUGAUCUACACGUGCGUCCAGUAAAAGUAUAGCGCACAGCCAUUUGAAUACUCUCAGACUGUCGUAAGCAGUAAAAGAAGAUUAGCUGAUUAACUGAUAAAAUGGACAAAACCAACGAUGCGAAACCCAGAUUAAAAUCUGAAAAAUGCUUCAAAUUUGUCUGACCCGAAACAGGCCGGUAGUUCCGCAACAACACGUGGGGCAUAUUAGAUAAAACGGUAAACAUUAAGUCUGCUGAUGCGCUUCCUAUCUUCGAAUUCGAUUAUAUGCACGUAAAACCAGAGACAGGUUCACAACCGAGGAAACAUGAUUGAAUAUGCAGUAUAAUAGAGUUACAUUAGUCCCGCCCUCCUUCACACCGAUGGGAUCUCGUUAAAAAAGGUAGAGGCAUAGUAGUUGGAUUAGGGGGGCGGGAAUUUGGUUAUUAUGUUUCAUCACCAUUAGCCAAGCUUCGCCUUCAAACCGCAAGAAGAGAACGAGAAACGUCCUUACUAACAUUGUAAUAACUUAUUGUACUUGGUAGGAAAGUUUGUAUUGUAGCACAAUCACAUCGAGUCGCAAGAGCCUUUUUGUGCCACCCACAGUGAGGUGGGACUGGCUACGUAGAGUAGACACCGUUGUUUACCCGUACGCACACAAGCACACCCACACGCAAUCAAAUCAUAUACUGCACAUGAUUUACCAUUUGUCGAGCUAACGCAAUGCAAUUUUAAUUUAACGAAUGAUGUUCCUAUCGUUCCCGCGGGGUACCAGGGUAUUUCUCGUUCAGUAUAUUCCAGCUUUUGUAUCGCUGCCUUUUAGAAUAUUAUCCUGUGUUUGCCGUGACACAACGCACAAAUAUCGUUAUUUUAAUAGAAUCUUUUUAUCUUUAUCACUUGGGCGACAUCAAUCAACCCAUCGCACAACUGUUCCGUUUAUAGAGCACAACCUAGAGCAAGGAUGAUGGUGAUAAAAGAAAAAAAGCAAAACACAAAGAUUUGCGUCCGUAUCAGAGAAAGAGGACACGGAUAUGUAAACAUUAGGUUCCGCUAGUAACAAAGACAACGAUAGUAUGGGCGUAAGAGAAAAAAAAACAACAACAAAAGAUUGAAAACGGUUCAGUGGGAUACAAAAGCAAAACGACAAAUGAGCAAAUCAUUGGAUUCAGCUGUGAUUAAAUUAAUAGAACAUGUAAAACAACGUUUAAAUUUAGAUAGGUAUAUUUAAAUAAGUAGACAACAAAAGACGUAAUAUCAGAACACAAAUUCUUAUUAAAAGUUAAAUAAUGUGCACGAACGUCGGCAUAGCGGCGAAAAUCCGAGGAUCGAAGCUACGACGUAAUGUGUUGACAAAUCUUUAAGAUUCUAUUAGCAAACAAAAAAAAAAAAAAAAAACCAAUGCAAAUGAUUACGUGUCCCCACGCGGCCUCUUCCGAGGUUCAGAGAACUGAAUAGUCCAGUCCA